CACAACUCCGGACGUAAGGUUCAGCGUGGUAGUAUGGCAGCAUGGAGUAUACAGUAAAGUAGGGCUGGUAAGGUGUUUGCAUGUGUCAUUGUGCAAAUUUAAUGUUGAGAAUAGUAAUAAAUAGACAUAAACUUAAAUAAUGCUGAGCGCAACGUAUUGUGUCAGUUAACCAGUUAGCUGUCGUGUUAGGCAUUAGUUAACUGGCCUGCUAACCAAAUAGCCAAUAAACAAGUGGACUUGAGUGUAGCUACGGGACAUAGCUAGACUAACUAACUGGAUAGAUAUUUUUAAAUGUGUCAGACAGCCUACAACCAGAAACAAAGCCACAUUCACGUCUUGGAUUUGUGUUAUGCGAAUACUGAAUAGUAUCAAGAGGGAUCGAUUGUAGCGGGGGAGAAAAGUUAAAACUUCAGCCUGGCGUUGGAGAUCACAUUGUCGUUGAGUAACAGAUCUUAGGACUGGUAAUCAGAGGAAUGAUGUCUAAAGUAAAGCCGAGCAAGUCUAAUUCGACUGUCAUUACGAGUGAGCUGCAGUCGAAAUCUCAACAGACGGCCACAAAACCUGGAAAGAAAAAAAAGUUUUGGAAACAUGCUAAAAAGGGGCCGUCGGCAAAAGGACACGAUAAAAACACCUUUGCACUUCCACCCAAGGAUUCGCAACAGUUCUCAGCCAACUGGAAAGCACUGCAAGAGGUGUUUAAAAUGACUACCAAGGCGAAAAACACCGAAACUAACAAGCCCGAGGAGGAGCAGAGAUCAACCCAAGAGAAUGCUCAGAAGAAACCUCCCAACCACAUUCCUAGCAAGACUCAGAAUGUCAAACCUGCACAGGUGUACACGGAGAAAAUGGCCAAACAUGGUACCGUGUCCUUGAAACCCCAAGAGAAUGGCAAGGGACACAGUGGGUUAAAACAGUCCAAGACACACAAAAGGAAAAAUAAAGAUGAUAGUAUGUCUGCAGAAACCAGUGAACAGCAGAACAAAAAGAAGAAAGUUGCGGAAGAGGCUGUGAAGAAACCAACUGAAGAAGAUCUCUGGUUUGAUGACGUGGACCCAGAUGAUAUCGAGGCCACCGUGGGGACAGAAGCAGCAGACAUAAUACGCAAGAGGCAGGGCACCAAGACAUCAGACCAACAGAGGACACAAGGCGCUCUUGUGAAGGAAAAUGCAUUUGAGGGUCUAACCAAAGCAGUGGCCAUGGACUGUGAAAUGGUUGGAGUUGGACCUGAGGGAGAGGACAGCAUUGUAGCUCGAGUGUCACUCGUAAACCAAUUUGGAAAGUGCAUCUAUGACAAAUAUGUAAAACCCACAGAGAGAGUGACUGACUACAGGACAGCGGUCAGUGGCAUUCGGCCACAGGACAUCAAGAAUGGAGUAAAUGUGAAGACUGUUCAGAAAGAAGUGGCUGAUAUUUUACAGGGGAGAAUACUAGUUGGUCAUGCUAUACACAACGACCUCAAGAUUUUAUUACUGGAUCACCCGAAAAAGAAAAUCAGAGACACCCAGAAGUAUAAACCAUUUAAGAAAAUUGUAAAGAGUGGUCGCCCCUCACUUAAACUUCUCUGUGAGAAGAUACUCCAUGUCAAAGUUCAGCAGGGUGAACAUUCAUCCGUGCAGGAUGCCCAGGCAACCAUGCGGCUCUACACUUUAGUGAAAAAGGAGUGGGAGAUGGCAAUCAAAGUCAGUCGCAAAAACAAGGAAUCGACAGAGGAAAAGACCCAGAGGAAACCCCGAGCUCCCGGGGGCAAAUCUGAGAGCAAGAGCUGAUCUGAUAUCAAAUUGAACCUUCUCCGGACUAUGCUCACUCUCUGUGUAGAGUGUGUUUUCACAGUCACCUCAAGAUUCACAUGGAUUAUAGGGAGGAAUGCUGCCACACAGAAGCAGUGCUUGCACGAACACUACCAAUCCAGAGCCCUCACACCUACUCUACACUUCAGGAUAUGGUAGAGCCAGAAAGGAGUAUCAGUCUGUCCAUAAAUGUGGUUGUUCUUCCUGAGUGCAAAUAAAAUAAUGUCCAUUUCAUGUGCUGUUCAAACAA